UUUUGAGGAGCUUGUAAAAACGAUAUGGUUUCAAGGGCCAACUAAUCGAUAUGACUAUUUGAUGACGACAUGUGUUAUGAAUGGUGAAAUUUGUGCCGUUUCCUGUUGUUUUGAUUUCAGAAGGAAAUGGCAUCUAGAGUUAUUUCUCGUGGAGUGAAAGUUUCUCGGCGUUUGUUGUUGCCGUUUUCCUUCCGAGCAAAUGUAAAAAGCAGAGUUGGGGCAUUGAGCCAUAUGAGUGAUUUACCUAUGUUCCCUGGUGCCCAGUCACAGUGGACAGAAAAACUCGAGUUCAGUAUACGGGAGAAUGCCAUACCAACUUACAGGGUUAUGGAUCGUCGUGGAAUGGUGGUAGAUCAUUUGGAAGAACCACAGUUGAAGCCAGAGACUGUGAAGAGGAUGUACUACUGCAUGAAGCUGCUCAAUAUUAUGGAUCAUAUUCUGUAUGAAUCACAACGCCAGGGUCGGAUCUCAUUUUACAUGACGAACUAUGGAGAGGAAGCUACACACAUAGGUAGUGCAGCAGCACUUACUGAUGAUGAUUUGGUUUAUGGACAGUACAGGGAAGCAGGUGUUCUUGUUUGGAGGGGUUUCUCUUUGGACGAGUUUAUGAACCAGUGCUACGGGAAUUGUGAAGAUGGUGGUAAAGGAAGACAAAUGCCAAUUCAUUAUGGAUCAAAAAGACUAAAUUUUGUUACAAUUUCUUCACCUCUAGCUACACAGAUUCCCCAAGCUGUUGGUGCUGCCUAUGCCUUGAAGAGAAGUUCUGAUGAUAAAUGUGUUAUUGUAUAUUUUGGAGAAGGAGCUGCAAGUGAAGGAGAUUGCCAUGCCGCCUUCAACUUUGCAGCCACACUAAAUUGCCCUGUUAUAUUUUUUUGCAGAAAUAAUGGGUAUGCAAUUUCAACUCCCAGUAGUGAACAGUACAGAGGUGAUGGCAUUGCAGGUAGAGGUCCUGGUUAUGGUAUAGCAACCGUAAGAGUUGAUGGAAAUGAUGUAUUUGCUGUCUACAAAGCCACAAAAGCCGCAAGAAAAUAUGCACUAGAAAACAGCAAGCCUGUUUUGCUUGAAGCAAUGACAUACAGAGUUGGGCACCAUAGCACAUCUGAUGACAGCAGUGCAUAUCGCUCAGUUGAAGAGGCACAGAAAUGGAAUGAAACAGAUUAUCCAAUUUCUCGGCUUCAUAAUUAUAUGGUAUCAAAAGGAAUCUGGAGUGUUGAAGAGGAAAAUAAAUUGACAGCUGAUAUUAAGAAGGAGGUUUUGUCAGCCUUUGCAAGAGCAGAAAAAUUACCAAAGCCCAACUGGAAAGAAAUGUUCAGUGAUGUUUACAGUGAAAUGCCUGAACAUCUGACGAAACAGAUGAAAAUGAUGGAAGAGCAUUUGAAGAAGUAUAAAUCUGAAUAUCCUGUAGACCAGUUUAAAAUAUUAAGUUGAAUAGUUGUGGGGAAUAACUGAAAUUAGUGACUGGACUAAAAUAGAAAGGCUGCAGAAACCAAAACGUGUUUUUACUUAUGGUAAUAAAAAUAAAGCAUUAUUCAUAAGCAUAUGAACGAUAUGAGCAAAAUAUGAUGUUUACAAAAAAAUAUUAAAUUACUGUGAAAUUAAAUACUAUUGACAUUAGCAGCAUUUAUGCUGCUUUGUGGUGACAUAAAAUAUCAUCCAAUGUCCAGUGCGUUAAAGGAUCACCAUUUUAUAUUACUACAUUCCUUGACAUUUUGACAUUAAAAUGUUAAUUUUUACUGAAGAAAUGUUUUUAAAAUGCUUUAAAUUGUAAUAAAUCAAUUUGUAUAAUCUCAGGGUUCUUCUGCAUAUUUUUGUAUGUAUAUGG